CUAACCUUACCUACCCCCUAAACUAUUCUGGAAACAUGCUGAAACUCUUCUCCUCGGAAAACCUCUCCAAAGCCUCUUCCUCUACCAAAAAUCCAAUUUUGUCUCUACCAACUUUCAACAGUUGCGACUUCGAUCGCUAGGUUUUACCAAAAUCUCAGUUUUAUAACAAUUGCUAAAGGGCUUUUCUUUUGAAUCCCAAAAGUCUCCGCUUUUGCCUCGUUUGUUUGGCUUUCAUAUUGCGUACUUUCCUCCAUCACUCGAGAACGCCUAAAAAGAUCGUUCCCCGGAGCCAUGAUAUCCGCCUUGAAGCAGCCGCCGGCGACUUCCAUUGCCAUUGUCGAUCUAACACGAGCUAGCUCACCCUCCUUCCGGCGAAGAAUCCCCCUUCCUUCGCUUCCUGCUUCGACUGCACCCUCGUUAUUGCGCUCUUCAUCGCGGGUUUCUUUCAAGCCUUUGUGCGCCUCUUCUUCGCUUAAGAGUUUAGGGUUUGGAUCACGGGAUGAUCGGUUGGAGUUUAGGUGCGAGGCCUAUGAGGCCGAGAGAUCGGAGAUCGUAGCAGAGGAGCCUCCAUCUGUUACGGCGCAGAAAGUGAAGAUUGGGAUCUACUUUGCCACCUGGUGGGCGUUAAAUGUAGUGUUCAAUAUCUAUAAUAAGAAGGUGCUUAAUGCAUUCCCUUACCCUUGGUUGACAUCUACACUCUCGCUUGCGUGUGGAUCUCUCUUGAUGCUCAUCUCAUGGGCGAGUAGGAUUGCUGAAGCACCAAAAACUGAUUUUGAUUUCUGGAAAGCGCUUUUUCCGGUGGCCGUGGCCCAUACAAUAGGGCAUGUUGCUGCAACUGUUAGCAUGUCAAAGGUAGCGGUAUCAUUCACUCAUAUAAUUAAGAGUGGGGAGCCAGCUUUUAGUGUGUUGGUCUCAAGGUUCUUGUUGGGGGAGACUUUUCCUGUGCCAGUUUAUUUGUCACUCUUGCCGAUUAUAGGUGGUUGUGCGUUGGCUGCUGUGACAGAGCUCAACUUCAACAUGAUUGGAUUUAUGGGUGCAAUGAUUUCAAAUCUUGCAUUUGUAUUCCGAAAUAUUUUUUCGAAGAGAGGAAUGAAAGGGAAAUCAGUCGGUGGGAUGAACUAUUAUGCUUGUCUUUCUAUGAUGUCCCUCCUAAUACUCACUCCCUUUGCCAUUGCUAUUGAGGGGCCCCAAAUGUGGGCUGCAGGCUGGCACUCAGCUAUUUCACAAAUUGGUCCACAAUUUAUAUGGUGGGUUGCUGCACAAAGUGUUUUCUACCACUUGUACAAUCAGGUUUCAUACAUGUCUUUGGAUGAAAUCUCUCCACUGACAUUUAGUAUAGGCAACACGAUGAAGCGAAUAUCAGUCAUUGUCUCUUCGAUUAUAAUUUUCCACACGCCGGUCCAACCUAUCAAUGCUCUUGGAGCGGCUAUUGCCAUUUUUGGGACCUUCCUGUAUUCACAGGCAAAGCAGUAAGGUGCUUUGAGGACCUUCCGAACCUGUAACAAGAUCAAUCUUCAAAUAAUCGUGGCUGCUUCAAGGUGGUGGUGCCAGUGGCUGUGGAUUCUAUUCUAUUUGGCUUGCAGAAUAACAGUCUUUUGUUGUAGAGUAUAGAAUAAUCCUUGCUGUUUUCUUACAGUAAGAUGGCGUUUUGGUCGCUUUGCCAUUACUCAAUAGUCUGUCAUAAUAUAACGAUUGUAGAAAUUUUUUUUAUGGGAGCUUUCCGUAGCAUGGUGGAGGAUGAUAUAAAAACAUUGAUAAUAGUAUAAUGGUACCAUUGUUAGGAACUCUAAAUGUAAGAAUUUUUUUUUUUUUUUAAUCUUCGUAUGUUUCCUUU